AUGGGGGUUGUGGAGUGGAUGAAAUGGAGCCCCGGGCCUGGGCAGCUGGGGUUGAACGGGCCUUCUAGCUCCGUGUUUCCCACCUCACGCCGCCACCGCUUCUGGCAGUCUCAGCUCUCCUGCUGAGGCAAUGUCAUCCCUGUAGCCACCCAUCUGCUGAACAAUGGUAGUGGGGUAGGAGUUCUGCAGUCUCUGGAGCAUAUGAUUGCGGCAGUGAGAAGCAGAGUGCUGGAGAUUCACAGCCAUUUCCCCCACAAACCUAUUAUCUUGAUUAGUUGGAGUACAGGAGCUUUGGUGGCCUGUCACGUGUCAGAAAUGGAGUACGUCACUGUGGCUGUCUUCCUUGGGUUCCCUUUACUUAACGUGGAUGGCCCCAGAGGGGAUGUGGAUGAUCCCCGUGUGGAUAUGAAGACUUCAGUCCUCUUUGCCAUUGGGCAGAAUUCCUUGCAGUGUUAUCCCGAAGCCAUGGAGGAUCUCCGGGAGAAGAUUCAGUCUGAGAACAGCUUGGCGGUGGUUGGAGGAGCUGAUGAUAAUCUCAGAAUACAUAAAGCAAAGCAGGAAUCAGAGGGGCUGACUCAGAGCAUGGUGGACAGGUGUAUUCAGGAUGAGAUCGUGGACUUUCUGACUGGAGUGCUGACUUGCACCGAGGGGCAUAUGGGCUCUGACCACGAUCAGGAUGCUAAGAAGAAGCCUCAGGAUGCAGCCCACAGACACUUGGCCUUUGAGGUCCCUGAGUGGGGCAGUCGGCCUGCCUCACCACUAGCUGCCAAGCUGCCUGCCUCACCCUCAGGCUUGGAGGAUCUUUCCAGUGUAUCUAGCAGCCCCACCUCAAGUCCCAAGACCAAAGUGACCGCAAUGACCUCUGCCCAGAAGUCCAGUCAGAUCGGGAGCUCUCAGCUCCUGAAGAGACAUGUGCAGCAGACAGAAGCUGUGCUGACUCACAAACAAGCUCAAGUUCCCAUUUCAUCAGAACAAACAGAAGAGGCAGAGAAAGAAGAUCUUAGGGUCCAGCUGAAGCGCCAUCAUCCCUCUAGUCCUCUUCCUGGCAGUAAGACCUCCAAGCGACCUAACAUUAAGGUGUCCCUUAUCUCUCAAGGGGACACAGCUGGAGGGCCUUGUACUCCUUCCCAAAGAGGAGUUCCAGAAGCUGAGGGAGGGAAGCCCAUCACCAUGAUGCUGGGGCAGGCUUCAGCUGGGGCCAAGGAUCUCACAGGACUUCUCACCACCAAGUCAAGUGCUUCUGAAGGGGAAGUCUCAGCCAGCCCAGCCUCCUCAGUGUCCAGCAGCACAGCACCUGGUGCCUUCCACACACUCCAGAGCUGCCUGGUGGCCACCUCUCCUGGGAGCUCCCUCCCUCCCACAUCAGCCAGCACUCUUCAAAGCCUCAGCUUCAGCUUGCAGGAUAUCAGCAGCAAGACCUCUGGCCUCCCAACAAAUCCUUCCCCAGGGCCAGCCCCACAGGCCACCAGUGUGAAGUUGCCCACCCCCAUGCAGAGCCUGGAUGCCAUCACCAUGGGCACCAGAACCAUUGUUCAUACCAUUCCUGUGGCCACCACUCUCUCCUCCUUGGGAGCCACUCCUGGUGGGAAGCCCACAGCCAUCCACCAGCUGCUGACCAAUGGGGGCCUUGCUAAGUUGGCAAGCAGCCUCCCCGGCCUGGCUCAGAUCUCUAACCAAGCAUCAGGCUUGAAGGUCCCUACCACCAUUACUCUGACACUGCAUGGCCAACUGAGCCGAAUCACUACACUGAGCCCCAUGGGCUCGAGAGCAGCCCCAACAGAAGAGCCCAGCUCCCAGGCUCUGCCCUCCAGCUUGCAGCGCCUGCCUCCAGCACUUGAAGCUGCUGUGCGAUAUAGCCUCCUUUACCAGAUUGGUGAUGGCUACCGUGCAGUGAGCCCUGGGCACACGUGCUGUCUUGCUGAGCUGUCCACUCGUCUGAAGACCUCUUAAGACCUCCAUUU